AUUCAAUGUUCUGAGUUCUGACCAGUGACCACCACGGAGUUCUCCUGUCAAUCUGUGCAGUAGCCAGUAGGGAGGGACUCGCUAGUUGUUUCCUUCUGCAUUUCCCUUCGAUGUUUGAAACCCUUGGCAUGUGUAGUUCAUUUUCACCAAUCUUUGCAUCUCACAUGCCCCAGGACUUACCACCUUAGUUUCUGAUAGUUGUACCCUCUGAUAUUCAGAGGUAGUUUAUUCUGCACGAGUUUGUUGUACCAUUGAGGGUGUUGUGGAAGCCACCGGUGACCAGUAUUUAUGUUUUAUUUAUGCUUUUGUAGUACACGCUUUCCUUAAUCUCGCCUUGUGAUUUCGUUAUUUUUACAUGUCAGGAUGUGUUGUGAUGUACUGCUCUUCACCAGGCAGAUUUAUGUUUUAUUUAUGGUUUUGAAAGGAAUAAAAAAUCCGGGGUGUUGGUGUUACUGGGUCCAUGGAACAUUGUACCUCAGGCUUGAACAUGAAAGUGUGUUGCUAGGAUACUGACAUUUAUUACUUACAUUGCAUGGGUCGUGCACCAAAUUACUCAAGUAAAAUUCAUUUAUAUAUCUAUAUCUGUAAUAUGGUUAGUCCCUAUUUGUAUUGUAUAUUUGAUGUAUCACAUUGUUAAACACUUGAUGUGCACAUUGGGAACAGACUAGUGUUCUGGUUAUCGGGAGGCUGUUUAGCCUCCCUAUUGUUCUAUACCAACGGCUGGUUUCGGUGCCCUUUCGUUCCUUGAAUGCUAGGGUUCCUGGACAGUUGAUAAGAAAAAUAAAAGCCCACACAUUGUCUUGAAGAACUCAUCCGCAAGGCAUUGGUUUCUUUCGAAACAGCAUGUACAAUUAUCGAUUAGAACAUAUCCGUAAUGGAACUUCCUUUUUGCCUUUUAACCUUGCAGUUGUAGCACUAACAAUAAUAUCCUACACACGCUUGUAUGAUAAUUGGUCUGUUCCUUUUCUUUUUUGCGAGAAAACUUCCAAUCUAUUCAUCAACUGUCAAGGCAGGGUAUGCAAGCAGUUAGCACUUUCAUGUGCCACCUCGUAGUACUGUUUUAUUUGAGAAAAUGACAUAUAUAUUUGUGGCAUUGUAAAUACUGGUUACCAGCAUAGUAGUGCUGCUUUACAUUGAGAAUAUAAGGUAGAAUUUCCAUCUUUCUCUGAAGAAGAAGUUCAUCAUGACCCCAUCUCUAUCAUAUGCCAUUCUGAUAGGUCGUCAUUGAGAGGCUGCACCAAUGGGUUCCAUUCCUAAUUAUUGUUCUUAUCAAACAAACAGUGUUGGUUCACUGAAACUGUCGCCUCACAUCCAAUUCCAGCAAUCUUGUAACAAUGAAGUUAUGUUCCUAUCCAUGCGAAAUAAGACACAGCUGGCCAAAAGAAGAGCCACAAAUUAUGGAACUCAUCGUAAUUCUAGUAGGACUCCUGCACCUAUCGUAUGUUCAACUGGAAUGCCCAUAAUUUUCGUUGCCACUGAAGUGCACCCAUGGUGCAAAACUGGAGGCCUUGGUGAUGUCGUAGGAGGAUUGCCCCCAGCUCUGGCUGCAAUGGGGCACCGGGUUAUGACGAUAGCUCCUCGCUAUGAUCAGUACAAGGAUACAUGGGAUACAAAUGUUCUUGUUGAGGUAAUUGUUGGUGACAGAACAGAAACAGUGCGCUUUUUUCACUGCUACAAAAGGGGGGUUGAUCGUGUUUUUGUUGAUCAUCCUAUGUUUCUUGAGAAGGUAUGGGGCAAAACUGGAUCAAAAUUGUAUGGGCCUACCACUGGAACAGACUUCCGAGAUAACCAAUUACGGUUCUGCCUUUUGUGCCUUGCUGCAUUGGAGGCUCCGAGGGUUCUUAAUCUCAACAAUUCUGAAUACUUCUCUGGACCAUAUGGAGAAAAUGUUGUCUUCGUUGCAAAUGACUGGCACACUGCAGUUUUGCCAUGCUAUUUGAAGAGCAUGUAUAAGCAAAAUGGAAUUUAUGUGAAUGCCAAGGUUGCUUUCUGCAUUCACAAUAUCGCCUAUCAGGGCAGAUUUCCCAGAGUGGACUUCGAACUUCUUAAUUUACCUGAAAGUUUCAUGCCGUCAUUUGAUUUUGUUGAUGGGCAUGUUAAGCCAGUAGUAGGGAGAAAGAUUAACUGGAUGAAGGCAGGGAUCACUGAGUGUGAUGUGGUCCUUACAGUUAGUCCACAUUAUGUCAAAGAACUUACUUCUGGCCCAGAGAAAGGUGUUGAGUUGGAUGGCGUCCUUCGUGCAAAGCCUCUUGAAACUGGAAUUGUAAAUGGAAUGGAUGUUAUUGAUUGGAAUCCAGCAACAGAUAAGUACAUCAGUGUCAAAUACAAUGCAACAACGGUGGCGGAAGCAAGAGCUCUCAAUAAAGAAAUACUGCAGGCUGAAGUUGGAUUGCCUGUGGACUCUAGCAUACCUGUUAUAGUUUUCAUUGGACGUCUUGAAGAACAGAAAGGGUCAGACAUACUAAUUGCAGCCAUACCGGAGUUUCUCGAGGAGAAUGUUCAGAUAAUUGUUCUCGGCACAGGGAAGAAGAAAAUGGAGGAGGAACUGAUGCUGCUAGAAGCGAAGUACCCACAGAAUGCCAGAGGCAUAGCAAAAUUCAAUGUCCCAUUGGCGCACAUGAUGUUUGCCGGGGCUAAUUUCAUAAUUGUUCCAAGUAGGUUCGAGCCAUGUGGCCUCAUCCAAUUGCAAGGGAUGAGAUAUGGAGUGAUUCCCAUCUGUUCAUCCACCGGAGGACUCGUUGACACGGUGAGCGAGGGUGUCACCGGAUUCCACAUGGGUUCGUUCAAUGUCGAGUUUGAAACCGUCGAUCCAGCAGAUGUCGCGGCAGUUGCUUCGAAUGUCACACGAGCUCUGAAACAGUACAAAACACCGUCGUUCCACGCAAUGGUUCAGAAUUGCAUGGCGCAGGACCUAUCUUGGAAGGGACCGGCAAAGAAGUGGGAGGAGGCUCUUCUUGGCCUAGGAGUCGAGGGAAGUCAGCCGGGCAUCGAGGGCGAGGAGAUCGCUCCACUUGCGAAACAGAAUGUGGCCACUCCCUGAAAUCUCCAAAUAUUAGGGAGAGUGUUCUAAGAUUCGACAAAAUAAUGAGGUUGCUAAAGAUGAAGCUGUAUUCAUCUAGGCUUUGCCAUUUCUCUACUACUCCAUGUGUAACAUACUACCUGAAUUUCAACAAGUAUGCAUCCUUAUGUA